UCUGCAGCUUAGCUAACGUCAUUAGCCUGAUAAGCUAACGCGAAUUUGCUAGCCAAAAUAGAAAAGCCUGUAACUGAAAGCAGAACCCUUGGUGUAAAACGGUUGUUUGCAUCUUGACACAUUCUGGCUCAUUUUAAAUUUGUAUGUGUCGAGUUAUUGUAAAAAUAAGUCGGUGAAUAACGCUAGCUUCAUUCAGUUUGUGUGGGCCUCCGGCCGACACACAGUGCACGGUAGCUAACGUUAGCAGGUUAACUUUUCUUGCUCUUUGUCCUGGGGACUCUGAAUUGUGACGCAGUCCUCCAUAUUGGCUCUUCCUCAUCGUCUCAAGCGUGAAACAGGGAAGUCGAUGAUGGAUGAGCAAAGUUUUGACAGCCUGCAGUUGUGUCAGGAACUGCCGCUGAGCCAGGACUCCUUCAGCGUGCUGUGGGAGAAUGUAGUAACUCCCCCCAUCUCCACAAUCCCAACAGUGCCUUUUGAGACAAACGAACCAAUGAAUAUGAUGUUCAGUGAUGAGCAUGCACUACCUCAGGGGUUUGAGAAUCUGUUUGACAUGACCUCUGAGCUGUUACCUAAAGAGGGCAUUACUCCUCCAUUCUCCAAUGGCCCAGUUACAUCCGACUACCCUGGGGAAUAUGGCUUCAAGCUUCGCUUUCAGAACUCUGGCACGGCCAAGUCGGUCACUUCCACUUUUUCAGAAGUUCUCAACAAGCUAUAUUGUCAGCUGGCAAAGACCAGCCUUGUGGAAGUGCUGGUGACCCAGGAACCUCCUCAGGGUGCCAUUAUCAGGGCCACAGCGGUUUACAAGAAGACUGAGCAUGUGGCCGAGGUGGUCCGCAGAUGCCCCCAUCACCAGAAUGAGGAUGUUGUAGCGCAUAGCAGCCACCUGAUCAGAGUCGGGGGCAGCCAGGGAGCUCUGUAUUUUGAGGAUCCUCACACAAAGAGACAGAGUGUGACUGUCCCUUAUGAGCCCCCCCAGCCGGGCUCAGAGAUGUCAACCAUCCUGCUGAGGUUCAUGUGCAACAGCUCCUGCAUGGGGGGCAUGAACCGCAGACCCAUCCUCACCAUUCUGACCCUCGAGACUAAAGAGGGACUGGUUUUGGGUCGCCGUUGCUUUGAGGUCCGUAUCUGUGCAUGUCCAGGCAGGGACCGCAAAUCUGAGGAGGAAAACAAAAGUAAUCAGCAGAGUGGCACCAAACAGACUAAAAAACGCAAAAGUGCCCCAGCUCCUGGCACGACUUCUUCAAAGAAGACUAAGUCUGCCUCCAGUGCAGAGGAGGAGGAGAAGGAGGUCUUUGUUCUCCAUGUUCAGGGUCGUGAGCGGUUCGAGAUGUUGAAGAAAAUCAAUGACGCUCUGGAGCUGCAUGACAAAGAAAACAAAUCUAAGUCCAGGGUCCCAGCGAAGCAGGAGCUUCCUCUGCCCAUCAAUGGGAAGAAACUGCUGCAGAGAGGAGAGAAGAGUGACAGCGACUGAAAUGUUCUGCAAUGAUGAUGACAACAAACAGCAUUUUCUAGUGUGUCUAAGCCAUUGGUUUGUUUCGGGGGGGGGGUUUCAUCAUUGGAAAUAGAAAUCCCUUUGGUCUCAAUUCAGUUGAUAAUAUACUACAGAAAUGGCCAUUAGGGCUCCUGCAAGAAAGUUUUUUUUUUCUCUGUGAUGCAAGACUUGUCUGUGUGCUUCACCCUGCUGCUUCUUGCAGGAGACCUAACAGGCAUUUCUGUGCACAGUAAACAUGGAGGGAGGUGAGAUAAACGCGAAUUAGAUCCAAUGCCAUUUAUGUAAUUUUUAAAACGCUGAAAGUCAGUGAAGUUGGUGUUUAAUUACUCAAACAACAUGUCAGGGUGGGACUUGAAUUGAGAGGGACUGGAUUUAGUCUGUCUAUGUUGGCAGGGAUUUUUCUUUGACUUUUAAUCAUUCAAUUUUCUACAUUUAUCUGCCUCAUGGUCAUUUAAAAUGGUUAAGAUUUAGUCUGUUAGUAGAUGAAAACCAAAUGGAUUCUUGGUUUUCAGUGACAUUUCUUUUUUUUAGUUAAAAUAGAAGUAGUUGAAUUGGGUUUAAAAGAACUAUUGAAUUUAGUUUAGAGUCUCAGAGGCAUUUCUAAGAUUAUUAUGUAACAAGUCACUGCCAUUCGAGAACGUGCAGUCACCCUUAUGAAGCUUGAACUGUUGCUGUAUUACUGUAUUGUAUUCUGUACUGACUUGCAGACAUUCAUGUGUCUAUGUGAGAAAAUUUGGCCCAUAUUUGGCACAAGAACAAUGUAAACAAACUUAAAUGCACAGGUUUGACCGUAUGGUGUUAAUGGUGAUAUUCUGUCAGUGGGCCUGUUAUCCUACCUUUUUUUUUUUUUUAAACAUAAUUUUUUUUAACACAAAGCUGCAAAAGACAACAUCAGUAUGAGUUCAUUAUCUGUCACUUCACCCACAGGGAGCAUGUAUUGUCAUGAUUUACGUUGAAAUUAACUCUAGGUUUGGUAGAUGAGGGGCUGGCUGGAUCAACCCAAAACUAACCUUUUAGUAUUUGUAAGUUUUAUACCCAACAAAGUGCAGGAGGUGUCAGUGGCGGGGGAGUCAGAACAGGUAAUGUGAUACAGAAGUUAUCAAAGGUUUCUGUUUUUUAAGUAUUUGACAAAUGAAUCAUGGGAACAAAGUGUCUUUGAUAAAGGAAGAUGAUACUGUCUCUAUUCUGAGCUUCCCAUCUGUAAAUCACACAAUGUGUCAUUAAUCAGCACUUCAGUUGGGUCUGACCAAUCACUGUCCGUUUAUAAAACCACUUUUUGUUCUUGCGUCUCC